ACGGAGGCGACGCUCCAAUCCGCCGCUAGUUUCGGUUAUUGUGAACAAUUCACCGAUAAUCGGGGCAGAGUGAUAUUUAACGAUGAGAAAGAGCGAGGUGCUGGCAGCAGAGGCUGUGUCGUGCCUGAACAAAGCGCUGUGCCACCUGAAGGACAUCUGGGAGGAAAUCGGUAUCCCCGAAGACCAAAGACUGCAGAGGACUAAUGUUGUCAAGAACCACAUCAAGAGCUUAUUAGAUAUGAUGAUCAAAGAAGAGGAAUCUCUGAAGAAGAGGCUUAUCAGCAGCAUUCAGACAUGCAGGACAGACAUGGAGAAGCUCUGCCUGGAACUCCAGCUGCCUGUGUUUGAGGAGGAGAGUGGCAUCAGCAUGCUGCAGCAGGAGAAGAACAUCCGCACGCAGGUGGACGCUCUGCUGAAGGAGAAGACUCAGCGGAUGCAAAAGCUAAAGGUUCUGCUGGAGCAGGACCAGGACCUGUGCGAUGUCUUGUGCUCCAUGCCUUAUGGCAUCGCUCCAGACUCCGUCCCCACGCCAGAACAGCUGGAGAGCUUCAGCCAGCACAUCACCAACCAGAACGCAGAGAAGGCAAAGCGGUAUGCUGAGUUCAUGGACCUGAAAAGCCAGAUCAUCUUGUACAUGGAGGAGCUGGACCACAUCCCCGAGACCAGCUUCGAGAAGGACGUUGUCUGUGAGGACGAGGACUCUUUUUGCCUAUCCAGAGACAAUAUCACAUCACUCAAACUGCUUGUUUGUCAGCUGGAGGAACGUAAGGCGGAGAACGAGGCAGUGUGUGAGGCUCACAGAGAGAAGAUCCAGCGGUUGUGGGACAGACUGCAGGUGGCCCAGGAGGAGAGGGAGGCCUUCAACCAACACAUGGUCAGCUCCAGGAAGAGGAACCUGGAAGCGUUACAAGCAGAAGUUCAGCGUCUGGAGGAGCUCAAGCUGCGGAACAUCCGCAACGUCACUGACGCCAUCCGCUCUGAGAUCGCUGUGUUUUGGGAAAAGUGUUUUUUAAGCACUGACCAGCAGCAGGCAUUCAUGCCAUAUUUCAGCGAGGAUUUCACUGAAGAGCUGCUGAGUCUGCAUGAUGCUGAGAUCCAGAGGUUGAAGCAGCACUAUGAGGAUCACAAAGAGCUGUUUGACGGAGUUCACCAGUGGGAGGAAAGCUGGAGACUCUUCCUGGAGAUGGAGAAAAAAGCCACAGAUCCAACAAGAUUCAAUAACAGAGGAGGGAACCUCCUCAAAGAGCAGAAACAGAGGUCUGAGCUGCAGAAAAGUCUGCCUAAGCUUGAAAAGAAACUAAAAGCCCAGAUUGAUGCUUGGGAAAGUGAACAAGGUCGGGAGUUUCUGGUAAACGGCCAGAAGUUUCUGCAGUAUGUGGAGGGCCAGUGGGAGCUGCACCGGGUAGAGAAAGAGAAGGAGAAACAAGAGAGGCAUCUGAAAAAAAGCAGACAGACAGAGGAGGACAUGCUGUAUGGGACGGCUGUACGAACUCCCACCAAACGCAGACUCCUUGGCACCAAUACCCCAAAUAAAUCCCGCAAGUUUAACGUGACUUCCAGCAUUUCUAGCGCCACCUCUAACAGCACCAGCCGCUCUGUUUAUGGUGGAACUGUCUGCCGCUCACCUGUGUCCCGCCCACCUCUCUCAGCAAACAAGGUUCCAGCAGCGUGGACGCCAGGUGGCAGUAAACCCCCCCACCCUAGACUGCAAGGCUGUAACAAGGAGAACGAGGCCCAGCUGAAGGGGAGCCCUCUGAGUGGUGCGUUGCUGUCCCCCGCUGGUCCACAGCGUAACUUCAGCAUAGCCUCUGUGGCCAGCACAUAUUCAGAGUUUGUGAGGGACUUGGUCAACACUGAAUCUGUUCAGUCAAGCGAGACUUAUCCAAGGCCUCUGACGCCAAGAUCCAGCACAACAUCCUGAACUCCACCACCACCAACCUCUGACCUCUCUACUCUGAGGGGGGUUGCAUCACAGAUCACAUCAUAGUCCUUCGACAAAGCUCUGAUCUCCCUCCAAGUGGAUCGCUGCCUUCGCAGCCAUCUAUUUUUGUAGGUAAAUGAAGGUAAUAAUAUAUAAAGUGUUAACUCAGUGAUGAACAAAGACUAUCACUGUCUACAAGAGGAAAAUCUGUUUGUAUCACAAGUGAAACUAACACUACUUUGGCUCCCUAAAUUUUGCCAGUUUUUGAGUUGUAAUAAAUGUUGUCUGCAUUUUGUACUGCACAUUUUUUAAAAGAAAAAGAACAAAAGAAUCCUAAGCUUUCUGAUGUUAUGCAAUCUGGGGUUACAGGCCAAAUGUAUUAUGAAUACUUUGCACUUUUUUAGUAUAGUAUAUUGCAAUACAUUGUGUAAUUUUAUACACACUCACACUGUUCCUUCCAAAUCUGUUUUUAUACAUGUAUGUAUUGGUGUAUAUAUUUCUGUAUCUGCUGUUUGACAUAGACAUUAGUUGUUUAAACAGACUGUUAUAGCCUGUCAUAUAUUUGUGCUGCAAAACAGUUUAAAUAUAGUUACAUUAAAUGGACACACUAUCAUGGCUGAUUUGGAAAAGAUUGUCAAAAUAUAAUAAAUGCA